AUCGUCACACACCACACUGAACACAUUCUCCUAAUCCUACCAAAACACACCAAUUUUUCAAUUUCUCACCCCAAAAUUUAAUCUCAUUAAAAUCACACUCACUCCCAUUAAUUUCCUUACUAUAUAACAUCUAACUCCCAAAUACAAUCCUAACAGAACCACCGCUUCUCUCUCUCUGCUUUUCUCUCUGUGUUUUUCGGUUACUUUCUGGUAACUGCAUUCUUCUCCUCAUCGGAAAUUUUUAAUAAUAAUAAUAAUAAUGGCGGUUCCUUCAUCGACGACGCUAUCGGCGGUGACGGCGCCGGCGUCGCUCUACGUAGGUGAAUUGCACGGCGACGUGAGUGAUGGACAGCUGUUUGAUGCAUUCUCGGAGUUCAAAAGUCUGACCUCUGUUCGUAUUUGUAGAGACUCUUCUACUGGCAGGUCUCUCUGCUAUGGCUACGUCAACUUUAUCUCUCCUCACGACGCUAUCCGAGCUAUUGAGACAAAGAAUCACACUCCUUUGAAUGGAAAGCUGAUGAGGGUUAUGUGGUCUCGUCGUGAUCCUGAUGCUAGAAGAAGUGGAGUAGGAAAUGUGUUUGUUAAGAAUUUGAGUGAGUCGAUCGACAAUGUGAUACUCCAUGAUAUAUUUGGCAAAUUUGGGACCGUCUUAUCCUGUAAAGUCGCCAUGUUUGAGGAUGGGAAGAGUAAAGGUCAUGGUUUUGUGCAAUUUGAGUCAGAGGAAUCUGCAAAUGCUGCUAUUGAAAAGCUAAAUGAUUCUGUUGUUGGUGAUAAGCAGAUAUAUGUUGGAAAAUUUGUAAAAAAGAGUGACCGAGUAUUGCCAAGCCCUGAAGCUAAAUAUACAAAUUUAUAUGUCAAAAAUUUGGAUCCUAUUAUCACAGAUGAGCAUUUGCAUGAGAAAUUCUCUGAAUUCGGAAAAAUUGUAAGCCUGACCAUUUCUAAGGCUGAAGAUGGUAGCUCAAGAGGAUUUGGCUUUAUCAAUUUUGAGAACCCAGACAAUGCUAAACAGGCCAUGGAAAGAUUGAAUGGAACAGAACUUGGUUCAAAGGUUCUCUAUGUUGGAAGGGCACAAAAGAAAGCAGAGCGCGAACAAAUAUUGCGAUAUCAGUUUGAGGUGAAACGCAAUGAGCAAAUUAUGAAAUUUAAAGGCUCCAAUGUAUAUGUGAAAAACAUUGAUGAUGAUGUCACUGAUGAAGAGCUGAAUGAGCACUUCAGCCAAUGUGGCAUAAUUACAUCUGCAAAACUGAUGAGAGAUGAUAAAGGAAGAAGUAAGGGGUUUGGAUUUGUAUGCUUCUCCAGCUCUGAGGAGGCCAUUAAAGCUGUGAACACUUUUCAUGGAUUUAUGUUUCACCGCAAACCAUUGUAUGUAGCUAUUGCUCAAAGGAAGGAGGACAGAAAAGCACAACUGCAAAUGCAAUAUGCUCACAGAAUGACCGGAUUGGCUGGACCCUCAGCUGCCGUUAUUCCUGGUGGAUAUCCUCCAUUUUACUACACACCUCCUUCUGGUGUUGUUCCACAAGUAACUCCAAGGCCUGGGAUGAUGUUCCCCCAACCCUUGGAUAUGCGACCUGGAUGGAGGGGUAAUGGCUUUCCACACCCUACCAGACCAGCUUUUCAACUACCACAAGUGCCAUUCAUGCCUAAUGGUCAAAGACAACAUAAGCAGAACAGAGGAAGAGUCAAUGGGCAUGUUUUUCCUCAGGGCAGUACUCACUCUGUCUCCUAUACUCAGCAGCAGCCCGCACAACCUCUUACUUCAUCAAAAGAUCCAAGCAACCAGUGGGCUGGGCAGGCCAAGUAUGUACCAAAUGGUCGGGCACGUGAAGUGAGCAAAGUAUCUGGAGUCUCAUCUGCUGUCCCCAAUUCCACGGAUCCUGUAUCUCAACAAGGAUCGGAAGUGCUGAGUAGCAUGCUUGCUGCUGCUUCUCCUGAUGAGCAAAAACAGAUGCUAGGGGAGAAACUUUAUCCACUUGUCCAGAAACAUAAGCCUGAUCUUGUCGCGAAGAUCACUGGAAUGCUUCUGGAGAUGGACAACGCAGAACUGCUUCUAUUAUUGGAAUCACCUGAUUCUUUAGCUGCAAAGGUGGAGGAAGCUGUGCAGGUGCUCAAGAUUUCUAAGACGAAACUACCUGGUCAAGACACCCUUCAUCCUAGUUACCACCUAUCCGCCGAGGUUGCAGUAAAUUGAAUAGUACGAUGGUUACAAAAUUUAGACGAUAUACGGUGCUGCUUGGCACAGUGACCACAAUUUUUGAUACUUGACAUCAGUGAAUCUUUGCUGUUACUGUUUGUUUUUUAGGAUUAUUGAAAAGUUCUCUUUUCAGUACUUGGAAGUCUUGGUUCUUGAUCUGCUCGACAUUUUUGUGGGUGUAGAAAUUUUGUGUUUUUAUUUUGUUUUGAACGAUUUAAUCUAGAGAUUGUUAAAAAGACUUAUGUUUUUGACUCA